AUGGCAAGUGACCUAACCCUGUUCGUGUUCAUGCACCUGCUGAACAUGCUCAUCAACAUGGAUCACGGCAUCGUCCCUGCCGCCACCGUCUCCCUCCGCAAGACCUUCGAUAUCGGUGAGCAGGAACUGGGCAUGCUCGGCUCGGCGGUCUUCCUGGGCAUCGUGGUGAUGGGCGUCUUCGCGGGGAGGGCCUACCAGCUGGUGACCUCGAAGUGGGUGCUGCUGGGCGGACUGCUGCUCAUGCAGGCGUCGCUGGUGCUAUUCGUCGCAACUGACAUCUUCGCCCUGGCGAUGCUGGCACGCUUCCUGGCGGGUGUGUUCCAGGUGUUCGAGCUGGUCUUCUUCCCAGUGUGGAUCGACCUCCGCGGGGGCCCCAACAAGACCCUCUGGCUGACUUGCCUUCAGGUCGGCAUCCCACUCGGGAUAUUCGUGGGCUACGGCAUGACAUCCUUCAUAGUGGGUGUGGGCUGGGCCUGGCAGUGGGCCUUCGCAGUGCAGAUAACCCUCGUGCUGGCCUGCAUCCUGGUGGUACUGGCCAUCCCCCGCCACCGGCUGAACAUCCGGGGUGCCAUCUUCGACCCGGCCGCCCGGAUGCGGGUGGUCGAGGGUCGCAGGCAGAAGCGCCCAGGCUACUUCUAUCUGCUGCGGGUGCUGUUCCGCAGCAGGAUCUACGUGCUGGCGUCUCUGACGUUUUCGGUGCUGCUGUUCGUGUCGACGGGUAUCCAGUUCUGGCUGACGGACUAUUUCAUAAACGUGCUGCACGUGCCCCAGACGACGGUGAACGUGGGGUACGUGACAAUCAGUAUCACUGCCCCCACGAUCGGCACCGUGUUCGGGGGGUUCAUCAUGCACCAGAUCGGCGGGUAUGAUAGCCCCCUCUGCAUCUACUUUGUGAACAUUCUCUGCUCGAUCGGCAUGCUGUCGGCCUGUGUGAUCCCCUUCGUAGACCACUUCAUCUACGCUUCCCUGCUGCUCUGGAUCGUGCUCUUCUUCGGCGGCUCGAUGGUCCCCGGACUGACCGGACUCAUCCUCGGCUCAGUCCGGCAAGAGCUGCGCUCCUUCGCGAACUCCAACGCAGAGACGCUCAAGAACCUGCUGGGCUAUUUCCCCUCGCCCUUUCUCUACGGCUUCAUAACAUCCGCCACAAAGUGGGACCGGGCCGGCAUCACUCUCAAUAUGUACUGGGGAAUGCUGGCCCCCUUACUACUUUCGAUCGGGUGCGUCCUGACCUUCUUCGAUCUCAAGGGCGGAGAAGGAGGCGCAGUCGGAGAGCAGAUCGUUGAAAAGAAGGUGGUCCGCGUCCGAAGGAUGAGCGUCGAAGGCGUAGAGGAGUAG